CACCCUCUAACUCAAUCCUCCACACACCCACACAGAAUUCGCAAGCUUCACAACACGCUUGAUCAGUCAAGGGACCUGCUCCGAGAUGGCGAAGACGCUCACGGCGCUGGCGGGGGAGAAGACCCUCCAGUCCAAGUUCGUCCGCGACGAGGACGAGCGCCCCACGGUGGCCUACAACCAGUUCAGCAACGUGAUCCCCGUGAUAUCCCUGGCGGGGAUCGACGAGGCGGGCGGCCGCCGGGAGGAGAUUUGCCGGAAGAUCGUGGCGGCGUGUGAGGACUGGGGCGUCUUCCAGGUGGUCGACCACGGGGUCGAAGCCAGGCUAAUCGCCGACAUGACCCGGCUUGCGCGCGAGUUCUUCGCGUUGCCCUCGGAGGAGAAGCUCCGGUUCGACAUGUCCGGCGGGAAGAAAGGAGGGUUCAUUGUGUCGAGCCAUCUCCAAGGUGAAGCUGUCCAGGACUGGCGCGAAAUAGUGACAUACUUCUCAUACCCGCUUCGAACCCGAGACUACUCCCGAUGGCCCGACAAGCCGGAGGGGUGGAGGUCGGUGACGGAGCAGUACAGCGAGAAGCUCAUGAGCCUCGCCUGCAAGCUCUUGGAGGUCCUCUCAGAGGCAAUGGGAUUGGAGAAGGAGGCACUGACCAAGGCAUGUGUGGACAUGGACCAGAAGGUGGUGGUCAACUACUACCCCAAAUGCCCGCAACCCGACCUCACGCUCGGGCUCAAGCGCCACACCGACCCGGGAACCAUCACCCUUUUGCUCCAGGACCAGGUGGGUGGCCUCCAGGCCACCAGAGACGGCGGCAAGAGCUGGAUCACCGUACAGCCCGUGGAAGGGGCUUUUGUGGUCAACCUAGGCGAUCAUGGUCAUUUUCUGAGCAACGGCAGGUUCAAGAACGCGGACCACCAGGCGGUGGUGAACUCCAACUGCAGCCGCCUCUCCAUAGCGACGUUCCAGAACCCAGCCCCGGAGGCCGUGGUGUACCCGCUGAAGGUGAGGGAAGGGGAGGAAGCGAUCCUGCCGCAGCCGAUGACGUUCGCGGAGAUGUACAGGAAGAAGAUGAGCAAGGACCUGGAGCUCGCCCGGCUGAAGAAGCUGGCCAAGGAGCAGCAGCAGCAGCACAAGGACAUGGAGAAGGCCAAGCUCGAGGCCAAGCCGUUGGAGCAGAUCCUAGCUUGAUAAAAGAUCCAAUCUUUCUUUACGUUCUUUCCAUUAGCUCACCCUCGCGGUUAGCGCAUCACCACGAGUCUCGUGAAAUCGCCAUGUUUGUUCCGGUGGCGUUCCCAUGUAUCCAUUUGUGAUGGGGCAGUACAAUAACAUCGGUCUUGUUUCUUGGUUAGUGUAACGAAUGAUUUUGAAGAUGAUAUAUAUAAAGUCUUCUUUC